AUGGAGGAAGAUGCAGCUGCGUUUGAUCAAAGAUGCAACGAAUGUCAAAUUCAUGGAAACCUUAUUCAUACACCUUCUACUCCUCUACACUCAAUAAGUAGUUUGUGUCCGUUUUACAGCUGGGGACUUGACAUCAUUUCGAAGAUCAACCUGCCAUCGUCAAAACAACACGAGUAUAUCAUAAACGCAACGGAGUAUUUUACCAAGUGGGUUGAAUCCAUUCCUCUACAAGGGACUACUGGAGCAACAAUCGCGGCGUUUAUUAAAGAACACAUCAUUUGUCGGUUUGGCGUGCCUAAGCACAUCAUUACUGAUAAUGGCAUUACUUUCGCCAACAAGCAGGUACGAGAGUUGCUCGAAGAAUAUGGAAUUAAGCAGGCCUUCUCCACCAUGUACUACCCCCAGGGGAAUGGGAAAGCCGAAAGCACCAACAAAACCUUAAUUCGGAUUCUCAGUUGA